GCUCAGUUCUGCAGGACACAGGAGCUGACAGAGACGGGCUUUGUUCUGUCUAUAAAGACGGUUGUUCUGCGUCUUCUUCUUAACUAUUCGGCCGUUUCCUCCCCGCAGUCUUCGCCUGCUUAAUGGCCUCCGCCGCCCGCAGCGCGCCUCUGCCGGAGAGCGGCAGCGCACUUGUUGAGGAUCCGCAGUUCCAGGAGAUCCUGCAGAGGAGCCGCAGCUUGACGCAAAAAAUCCUGGACUCCAUAGCCGACACGCACAGCUCCUGCGUUCACACAGAGACCCUAAAGUUGGAUUCUUCAGACAUCGGUAGGUUUUCAACCAUGGCCACCAACAUUGGGAUCCCCCCGGCUCCUGUGCUCAGCAAUGUUUCAGAAAAUUUCACUCUGGAAACCAGUUUGAGAGUGAUGCAUGAUGGGCUGCAGCUGCACCAAGGGUUACUGAGCUCCAUCGCCCCUCGACUAGCAGAGAAAGACAAAGUGGUUGCAUUGAUGUCUGAUGUCAGAGAUCUAAAAAUCCAGAUUACUAAGAUGAAGAAAAUGAACCAAUCGCACACUGCAGCGCCCCCCACGUCUGGCUCGGUGGAACUGCGCCUCCCGGGGGAAUUUGAGGUCCAGGUGGCGGCUCACCUGACCCUGGUCCAGCUGAAGACGUUCAGCCGGGACGUGGCGCGUUGCCUCAGGAGUCUGGACCACAGCACCGCCGCCGCCGACAACCAGAGAUGACCAAAGAUCGUUGUGUUCUUCUUUCGGCCUGAGCUGAAAACCUACGUUGCCGGUUUUUGUUAUAUUUAUUGAUCUGCUAGCAGAUAAUUUAUUUGUUAAAUCUAUUUUUAUUUAUAUAUUUAUUUCUUGAGACAGAUUGUAUUUAUUUAGGAAAUCUAUUUUUUUGAAAAACCUUUGCAUAUGUCAUAUGCAAAGGUCAUAUGCAGAUAUAUGACCAGCUAUUAACACUCAUAUUAGUGAGUUGUGGGAACAUAUGAAAGCAACAGUAUGUAACCUUUUUUAAAAAAUGUUUUCUACAUAUUUGUUAAAAUUAUCAUUAUGUAUAAAACAUAUAAUCUGAAAAAAAAACAAAUCAGAGCGAGGAGAGUCUUAGUGCUGUCAAUCAUUCUCGUGCUCAGCUCCUCCUGCUUGCACUUUGCUGCUCUUCACCUGACAACAUAGAUACCAUGAAUGCUAAUGCUAUUUAGCAUAGGCACUGAUGAUGGCGGAUUAACAGUUUUUCUAUAACAGUAAGAAUUUAAGCCCCACCUCCUGGUUCUGAUUGGCUGAUUUUGACCCAGAGCGAUGCAAUAUUAGCACUAGGAGGAGAUGGAGGACCUCAAUUUUUUCAGAUUAUUUGUCUCAUAAGAUAAUAUCACACAACAUUUUGACAGUUUUAAGAAAUAUGGAAAAACACAUUUUUGCAAAAGUUACACACUGCAUUUUUAAAGACGGUUAUAGAUGGUGUAACAUUUAAAAAGAAACUAUUUUUGUAUUGCUAUUUAAAAUCUAAUAUGUUAUUUUCCUACGACCCAAAACAAAAAUAAAACUUGUUUCUCUUGAAAA